AUGCCAUUGAUGAGCGAAAAUACUGGUACGGCUCGACCGUUUGCCUCCGACUAUGCAAGACAGAACAUCCCUUCAGAAGAGUACUAUCCAAUGACAGAUAAGUCAGAGGGGUUCACUCAGACUAGUCCUAGAGGAAGAGGGGGGAAGAGGAAAUGGUUCAUCAUUGGUGGGAUUGUGGGAGUAUUGGCGUUGAUAGGUAUAAUUGUAGGAGUGGUGGUUAGUCAAGUCAACAAAAACAACAACAACAAUAGCAAUUCUUCGAAUAGUAGUACUAGUGGGAGUGGGAAUUCGACGACGACGAUUAAGAAUGAGAAUGAUCCGAGUGAUUUCGAUAAAGAUUCGAGGUUACAUCAGUCUUUUUGGGGGUUCGCUUACACACCUCAGGACGCCUUGUUACCUUGGUGUGGUGCUUCACAGAAUAAUGUCACAAGGGAUAUCCAGCUUUUAUCCCAAUUGACAACUAGGUUGAGAUUGUACGGAGCCAACUGUAAUCAGUCGGCAUUGGUACUACAAGCUAUCCAAGAUACCAAAGUGAAUAUGACCGUCUGGCUGGGUAUUUAUGUCGAUUCAAACGAAGAAGCAUAUAAUGAUCAGGUGAAAGCUGUUGAGGAUGCUCUAAAGACGUAUGGAACAGAUCAUGUAUCAGGGAUCACAGUAGGAAACGAAUAUAUACUCAAUACGGCUGGUACCGACUCCACCACUUCAUCUAUAUACCUCUCAGCAUCGAAGACUAUAACGGAUAAGAUAACAGAGGUCAAGAGUGCUAUUGCUGGAUUAGGGUUAAGUAAAACCUUACCUGUUGGAACUAGUGAUGCAGGUAGUGUGAUGAGUAAGACGUUGGGUGAGGGGAUUGAUUACUUUAUGGCUAAUGUGCAUCCAUGGUUCGGAUCAGUAUCAAUCGAUGACGCAGCUCAGUGGACCUGGGACUUUUUCCAAGAGUUCGAUGUUGAACCUGCAUCUUUGGCAUCUAACAAACCCGAUGUUUACAUCGCCGAGACCGGAUGGCCAACCGAGUCGAUGAAUGCGACUGAAUCGAACAGUGGAUUUGGUGGUCCGAAAGGUGAAGCUAGUCUGGCCAACUUACAGACUUUCCUUGAUACCUACGUUUGUCAAGCGAAUGCCAAUGGCACAGAGUAUUUCUACUUCGAAGCUUUCGAUGAACCGUGGAAGGCCCAAUACGGUGGUGUCGAACCGUUCUGGGGUUUAUUCGAUAGAGAUCGUACAUUGAAGGAUGUCACCAUUCCAACUUGCUCAUGA